AUGAGGAAAAGGGCUCGUGUCGGGGAUCAUCGUCAUCAUCAUCAUGAUUUAGAUUCGAAUGAUUUCAUCAGCCAAAUGCCUGAUGAUAUCCUUAUAUCUAUUCUAUCUAGUCUGCCUCUUAAAGAAGCAACAAGCACUAGCAAUCUGUCAACAAGAUGGAGAUACUUAUGGUGUCAAACAGAUGGUUUGGACUUUGAUGCCAAUGAGAAGUUAGAUAAAAUAGCAACGGAUCCAAAAUCACUCAUUACAGAAAGACCCAAAUACAUCAAUUUGGUAAACCGUGUAACCCGACAACACAAGGCCCCCACCAUUAAUCUCUUCAGAAUUUCUUUCGAUUUAGAUAAAAGAUCCAAAGGUGCCAUUGAUAAAUGGGUUGAUUUUGCAAUAUCCAAAAGAUUUCAAAAGCUAGAAUUGGAUUUAUUAGAGAAUGGUGAAACCCUUCGGCAACCUCCUAAAAACUAUGUUUUUCCCAUCAAAUGUUUGAAUGUUCCGAAAUUGGUUUAUGGUAAAGAAACAGAGUUAAAGUUUCUUAAAUCCCUUUUCUUGAAAUGUGUUAAUGUGAGUGAAGAAGUAUUUGGGAAAAUUUUAACCAAUUGUUCGGGUCUUCAACAACUAUCGAUUCAUGGCUCUGGCGAUUUGGUAAAUGUGAAAAUUAGUGGACCAUAUCUUGUAUUGAAGCACUUGGAAAUAGUCUUUUGUUUUGGAGUUAAAUCUAUUGAGAUUAAAAAUGUAAAGAUCGAGUCUUUCAGCUAUUUAGGUCCCGGGAUUACUAUGAAACUUAAUAAUCUUCCAAUGCUUCAAGAGAUUUCAAUCGGUGAAGGGUAUUCAGGAUUUGAAAAUAAUGUGUUUGGGCAGAUAUCAUGUUGCAUUUCUCACCUUCAGAUUCUUACAUUGGACAUUUACAGUCCAGAGGAAAAUAUAAAGUCUCUUUCUUUCCCUGAACUACCAAAAAUUAAGCAAUUGAUUUUGAAAGUUGGAGCAUGGGAUGAUGAUAGUCUUCUUCAGUUUACUUCUUUGGUUAAGGCAUGUCCGAAUUUGAGGAGAUUUGUGAUGCAGUUAAUAUGGAUGUCACCAGCUAGAAGAAGAAGAAAAAUAAGGCAUGCAGAUAAGCAUCCACAUCAACAGCUUGAGGUGGUGGAAAUAAUGGGGUAUUAUGGGCGUACUAGUGAUCUUGAACUUGUUGUUUAACUUGAACUUGUUGUUUAUUUCAUUGAAAAUGCAAUUGCACUUCAAAAAAUCAUGAUUGAUCCUCAUUACCAGAUUUUGGAAAGGAACCCAAUAGGAAAUCAGCAGUUUAAGAAGGAGAAAUCUGCUAGAUCUUGUGCUAAGAAGCAGCUUAAUCUAACACCUCAUGUUGUUGAAUUGGUAAUACUCUAA